AUGGCCGUUAUUGCACCACCCAAAUUGGCCUUUGACCUGUGGCAACCUUCAACGAACAAGGAUCAGAACGCAGAAGACUACUUUGAUGAAGAUUUGACACAAACGCACCUCACCACAGGCGUGAAGGCAAUCGACACCGCCCUCGAAGGUGGCUUCGACUAUGGCGUUGUCCACUGCAUCACAUCUUCAGCAGAUGCUGGCACGAAAGAACUCAUACAAGGACUCGUGUCUUCACACAUUCGCACUUCGUCAAGGGCUAGUGCUACGGUGAUAGAUAGCACUAUGUCCUUUGACGUGCGUCGUCUUUAUCAGGUCUUGCAAGCGUCGAUGAAGGAUGCCAGCGAGCAGGAAACGUUGGAAGUACUGGAUCGGGUCAAGAUCACGAAGGUGUUUGACAAUGUUGGGGCUGUGGAGGCCCUGGCAGAAGUUGAGGAGAGAGCGAAGGUCGAUGGCGCAGCUGCUACUGCACCUCAACAAGCUGCCGUACCGAAGAGCACGAUUGAGGACAGUGAUGAAGAAGACGACAUGCUCGACUCACCUCCCAAGCUCAACCAAGCUGCAACGGAAGCAUCACCAGUGGAUGCACUGUCCACGACGCCACCUGGCGGCAUCCUCAUAAUCGACAACAUAUCCCAGCUCUUUCAACCCAUCAUCAAGAACAACUACGUCCACGGCCAAGCUCUGCUGUCACAGUUCUUGCGCACCGUCACGCUCCUGACUCGCAGACACGAGCUCUGCACUGUCAUCCUUAGCAGCGCCAGUAACAAACCAGCGUCGAGGGAUGAGAGGAUGAGUCUGUUCGAAUCAUGCGAUGUUCGACCUGCGCUAGGAGAUGAGCUCGGCUAUUUGGUGGAUGUGCAUCUCUACCUUCACCAGAUGCUGGCGAAGAGACUGGAGGGUACUAGAGUGCAGGGGAGGUAUCCGCAAAAGGUGAACAUGCUGGAAGUCGUUUCAGAUAGGGUCCGUGGAAGGUAUGGGCGUUAUGCAGCUUUCUCCUGCACAGCAGACGGAACGCUCGACGACGUCCCAUAG